AUGCGUUUUUUUAGAAUCUUUCAAUUCUUAGACAACAACUCUCUGAAGGCUUCGAAACGAGAUAUUCAGAUAAAUAUCGACGAAAAAGACUUUUUCGAGAUUUCUAUUGAAAAAAAAGACUUAAAUCUUUCGCUCAACGUUUCCGUCGCGUGUGAUUCGCAGAAAUGCAAAACCAUUGCUUUCGAGAAACAAACGGUUCGUUUUGCGCCCAAUUCCACGACUUUUCGGUUCGAGAUUUCGGCCAAAAACGCCGGCCAUGACGUCAUUGUGGCCACGAUUGCCGACAACAACACAAACGUCGAUGACUCGGACUCCUUCGUGCGCAUCCGCGUGGGAAGAGCGCAGGCGUUGGCCACUCUGGCCGAAGUGGUGGGCUGGAUCUACUUCGUGAUCUGGUCGGCCAGCUUCUGGCCGCAGAACAUCUCCAACUUCCGGCGCAAGUCAGUGAUCGGCUACAACCUGGACUUCGCCGCUCUCAACGUCACGGGCUUUCUCUUCUACUCGAUCUACAAUUCGGGCAUUUAUUUCUCGCUUCGCAUCCAAAGCCAAUACGAGGCGACGUUCCCG